GCCGCCGGAGUCGCACGGCGCCGCGUCUCCGCCGUCUUCUCCGCCUCCACCUGCUCCUUCGUUUCCUCCUCUUCCUCCUCCUCUUGUGGCCGCGAACACUGCGGCGUUGUCUGCUCCACAACUUUACAAGAAAGUUCAGCAACUCGGCUCCUGGGGCGGCCAAGUCGUACGCGACAGCCACCUCGGGGAGCCGCCGGGCAGCUCCGAGGGCGCGCAGCCGCCUGGGCUUCGGGGUCGCUGCACCUGACACGUCCACCGCUGCCGCCUGGUGCCAGGCUGUGAGCGACCCAGGCGGCGGCGGCGGCAGAGGCGGCGCAGCAGCCUCAGGGGUCACCUCCUGACGCCCGCGCCUCCACCGCCGCCCACAUGCGCGGUCGUUCCUGGAGCGCGAGCUCUGUGCUUCCUCAACAAUUUUUGUAACUUUCCCCCAGUCUUCCUUUCUUGCCAUCCUUACUUUUUGCAUAAGGGGAAAAAGUUGUGUCGAAACUGUCCACCGAUUGUCACCUCCCAAUAAUCCUUCCCUCCCUCCCCACUUUUUUUUUUUUUUUAUAAGCGGCAACAACAUUGUUUAGUGUUCAUUUUACGAUAGAUAGCUUUCUUUGCUUGGUCGGGGCGGCUGCUGAGCGGCGGAGUGGCGUGGACCUCAUGUAGAAAUGACAACAAUGGAAGGGGCCAGCGGGUCGAGUUUUGGAAUAGACACGAUUUUGUCCAGUGCCAGUUCGGGCAGCCCCGGCAUGAUGAAUGGAGAUUUCCGCCCACUCGGCGAGACUAGGACCGCGGAUUUUAGAAAUCAGGCCACUCCAUCCCCCUGUUCAGAGAUUGAUACGGUAGGAACGGCGCCUUCCUCUCCCAUCUCUGUCACCAUGGAGCCUCCGGAGACGCAUCUGGUAGCAGACGGGCCCCAGCAUCACCACCACCUCCACCACAGCCAGCAGCCGCCGCCACCAGCCGCAGCCCCAACGCAAAGUUUGCAGCCUUCGCCGCCGCAGCAGCCGCCGCCGCCGCAGCCAUCGGCUCAGCAGCUGGGCUCGGCCGCCUCGGCCCCCAGGACUUCCACCUCUUCUUUUUUAAUUAAAGACAUCCUGGGCGACAGCAAACCUCUGGCCGCGUGUGCACCCUACAGCACCAGCGUGUCUUCUCCUCACCACACCCCGAAGCAGGAGAGCAACGCAGCGCACGAGAGCUUCAGGCCAAAGCUGGAGCAGGAGGACAGCAAAACCAAACUCGACAAGCGGGAAGAUUCCCAGAGCGACAUCAAAUGCCACGGAACAAAGGAGGAAGGAGACCGGGAGAUUACAAGUAGCCGAGAGAGUCCCCCUGUGAGAGCCAAAAAGCCACGCAAAGCCAGGACGGCUUUCUCUGAUCACCAACUCAAUCAACUGGAGCGUAGCUUUGAGCGGCAGAAGUACCUGAGCGUGCAGGACCGCAUGGACCUGGCUGCCUCACUGAACCUUACUGACACCCAGGUCAAGACCUGGUACCAGAACCGCAGGACCAAGUGGAAGCGGCAGACCGCCGUGGGCCUGGAGCUGCUGGCCGAGGCGGGGAACUAUUCGGCACUGCAGAGGAUGUUUCCGUCGCCUUACUUCUACCAUCCCAGCCUCCUGGGCAGCAUGGACAGUACUACCGCAGCCGCAGCGGCCGCCGCCAUGUACAGCAGCAUGUACCGGACUCCUCCCGCGCCCCACCCCCCGCUGCAGCGGCCCCUGGUGCCCCGCGUGCUCAUCCACGGUCUGGGGCCCGGGGCACAGCCCGCUCUCAACCCCCUGUCCAACCCCAUUCCAGGCACCCCGCACCCCCGGUGAAGGACAAGAACCAGGACAGCGCUGCAGUCCCUCUCCCAUUCCCUCCCCUACUCGGACUGCUGUCCUUUCUCUCCCCGCACCGGGCCGACCGACCGGCCUCCCGGGCAGCGGACCGGGAAGCCACGAAGUGAGAAAGGAAGACACUCACCAAUGGGCGGGGCCCCCAGAGAGGAGCCAGCACUCUGCUGUCUCUCUCCCCACCCCCAGAGACAGGGCUGGAAAGCUCCCCCACUGCAGUGUGACUGGUGAAAACGCUGACCCCACACAAAGUGCGAUCAGUAAGUGAAAACAUCAACAAAAACAAAACCUCAAGUUCUUUUAAAAAUGACUUUAGGGACAUGCAGGAGGGAGGGAGGGGGAGGGGCAAGGAGGAAAGAAAGAAGGGCACGGAGAGGAAACUGCACGGGCGGAGAAUUGUAGACGGACAAACCGCCUCAACUUCUGAGGCGGAGGGCGUUGCUGUGGACAUUCCGCCUGCCCCAGAGAAAAGAGGAGGGUAACUGAGAACUUUGCACUGAUUUCUCAUGACCUUUUUUCUUUUGGAAAAGUGGCAUGCUCCAUAAUAUGAAGAAAAAUGUACAUUUGAAAGACUGAAUGAUAAGUGAUAUAUCAUAUUUAUUAUAUGUUGUCCAAAAAAGAGUCACUUAUAUACGUUAGUAAAACAUGAUUUUUCUUUUCAUGUCUUUUUGAUUCAGUAAAAUAAA